AUGACUACAGCACGAGCCAUCGUCUCGCGGGCGCCCUUGAAUGACGGCGGCUGGAAGAUUGAAGACGUGAAAGUGCGGGACGUGGGCGACGACGAGCUGCUGGUGCGCAUUGUCGCGUCGGGCAUCUGCCACACAGACAUCUUGUUCGGAGGAUUGAAAGAGGGACCGGGCGUCAUGUACCCCUCGGUGAAAGGACACGAAGGAGCUGGGUACAUCGAGAAAAUCGGCAAGAACGUCUCCGUCGCCGCGGCCGGCGACCCCGUUCUCCUCUCCUUCACCUUCUGCGACAGCUGCCAGAUCUGCCAGGCCGGCCACCCGGCUCACUGCGUGCGUUUCGGCGAACUCAAUUUCGGCGGCUGCCCUUGCUUCCAUUCAUCAUCGUCGUCGCACUCAUCCGACUCGUCGACGUCUUCCGCCUCUCCCUCCUCUUCUCCGUCAACUCCAGAUCUCCAGGGCAGCUUCUUCGGCCAAUCCAGCUUCGCCAGCCGGACGAUUGUCAAAGCGACGUCGGUCGUCAACGUCAGAGGGCUCGUGAGGGACGACGAGGAACUGAGACUCUUCUCGCCGCUGGGCUGCGGCAUACAGACCGGCAGCGGAACCAUCGUCAACGUCGCGCAGGCCGGACCGCAAGACACGGUUGCAGUGCUAGGACUUGGCGGCGUCGGGCUGAGCGCCAUCAUGGCUGCCAAGCUCCGCGGCUGCAAAACAAUCAUCGGCAUCGACAAGAUGAGCGACCGCGAAUCCAUCGCGCGCCAGCUCGGUGCCACCCAUUUCAUCGACACGUCCAAGCUCGCCGACCUGUUCGACAUCGUAUCCGCCGUGCAGGACGUCACCGACGGCUACGGCACGUCUGUCACCGUCGACACCACCGGCUUCCUGCCCCUGAUCGAACGUGCCAUGGACUUCACCCGCCUCAAGGGGAAGCUCAUCCAGGUCGGCUCCACCCCCUUCGACGCGAAGCUGGAUAUCCAGAUUUUCCCGUUCAUGGUCUCCGGUAAGCAGUAUAUUGGUGCGGUUGAAGGCGACGUCGUGCCGGCGAAGUACGUGCCGCAGAUGAUCGAGUGGUAUAGAGCGGGCAAGUUUCCCGUGGAGAAGUUGGUGAAGUUUUAUAAGGCGGAUGAGUGGGAGAGGGCCGUGGAGGAGAUGCACUCAGGUCACACUGUCAAGGCGGUGAUUACGUGGUGA